CGCUUUUUGUCUUUGAUUUCGAGUUAGGAGCUCGGGAACCGUUUGGCAAUAUGUACGACGCGGAUGAGGAUAUGCAAUAUGAUGAGGAUGAUGAUGAAAUCACCCCGGAUUUGUGGCAAGAAGCAUGCUGGAUUGUAAUUAGUUCCUAUUUUGACGAGAAAGGCUUGGUCAGACAACAGCUGGAUUCUUUUGAUGAGUUUAUUCAGAUGUCUGUUCAAAGAAUUGUGGAAGACGCUCCUCCUAUAGACCUACAAGCUGAAGCUCAGCAUGCUAGUGGAGAAGUUGAAGAACCGCCAAGAUAUUUGCUGAAGUUUGAACAAAUUUAUCUUUCCAAGCCUACCCACUGGGAAAGAGAUGGUGCUCCUUCACCAAUGAUGCCCAAUGAAGCUAGAUUAAGAAAUCUCACGUAUUCUGCUCCGCUUUAUGUUGAUAUAACAAAAACAGUCAUUAAAGAAGGUGAAGAACAACUUCAGACUCAGCAUCAGAAAACUUUUAUAGGAAAAAUUCCAAUUAUGUUGCGGUCAACUUACUGCCUUUUGAAUGGCUUGACAGAUCGUGAUCUUUGUGAGUUAAAUGAAUGCCCUUUGGAUCCUGGUGGCUAUUUCAUUAUUAAUGGAUCAGAAAAGGUUCUGAUUGCCCAAGAGAAAAUGGCAACAAACACAGUUUAUGUGUUUGCCAAAAAGGACUCUAAAUAUGCCUACACAGGAGAGUGUAGGUCAUGUCUGGAGAAUUCUUCGCGACCCACCAGUACUAUAUGGGUUAGCAUGCUGGCAAGAGGAGGACAGGGUGCAAAAAAGAGUGCUAUUGGUCAGCGCAUUGUGGCAACUCUACCAUAUAUCAAGCAAGAAGUUCCCAUCAUUAUUGUGUUCAGAGCAUUAGGUUUUGUGUCUGACAGAGAUAUUUUAGAACAUAUUAUUUAUGAUUUUGAAGAUCCAGAGAUGAUGGAAAUGGUUAAACCUUCUCUCGAUGAAGCUUUUGUCAUCCAAGAACAGAAUGUUGCACUAAAUUUCAUUGGUUCGAGAGGGGCAAAGCCUGGUGUUACUAAAGAGAAAAGAAUUAAAUAUGCAAAGGAAGUUUUACAAAAAGAAAUGCUCCCUCAUGUUGGUGUCAGUGAUUUUUGUGAGACCAAAAAAGCCUAUUUCUUGGGAUAUAUGGUGCAUAGGUUACUUCUGGCAGCUUUGGGUAGAAGAGAACUAGAUGACAGAGAUCACUAUGGAAACAAGAGAUUGGAUCUUGCUGGGCCGCUGCUGGCAUUCUUAUUUAGAGGUAUGUUUAAGAAUUUGCUUAAAGAAGUGCGGAUCUAUGCACAGAAAUUCAUUGAUCGAGGAAAGGAUUUUAACUUGGAGUUGGCAAUUAAAACACGGAUCAUAUCUGAUGGCCUAAAAUACUCUUUAGCUACUGGAAACUGGGGUGAUCAAAAGAAAGCUCAUCAAGCCAGAGCUGGAGUAUCUCAGGUAUUAAACCGCCUGACUUUUGCAUCUACUCUUUCUCACCUGCGUCGUUUAAAUUCUCCUAUUGGUAGAGAUGGCAAGCUAGCAAAACCAAGACAGUUGCAUAAUACGUUGUGGGGGAUGGUGUGUCCUGCCGAGACCCCAGAGGGCCAUGCUGUAGGACUUGUGAAGAAUUUAGCGUUGAUGGCAUAUAUUUCAGUUGGAUCUCAACCAUCUCCAAUUCUGGAAUUUUUAGAAGAAUGGAGUAUGGAAAACUUAGAAGAAAUUUCUCCUGCAGCUAUUGCUGAUGCAACCAAGAUUUUUGUUAAUGGCUGCUGGGUUGGAAUACAUAAAGAUCCUGAACAACUUAUGAACACCCUAAGGAAAUUGCGACGUCAGAUGGACAUCAUUGUGUCUGAAGUUUCUAUGAUCAGAGAUAUUCGAGAGAGGGAGAUUCGGAUCUAUACAGAUGCAGGCCGUAUUUGCAGACCACUUCUGAUUGUGGAAAAACAAAAGCUACUUUUGAAGAAGAGGCAUAUUGACCAAUUGAAAGAGAGAGAAUAUAACAACUACAGUUGGCAGGAUCUUGUGGCCAGUGGGGUAGUGGAAUAUAUUGAUACACUGGAAGAAGAAACAGUGAUGCUUGCAAUGACUCCAGAUGAUUUACAGGAGAAGGAAGUAGCUUAUUGUUCCACAUAUACACAUUGUGAGAUUCAUCCCUCAAUGAUCCUUGGUGUCUGUGCAUCUAUUAUUCCCUUUCCUGAUCAUAACCAGUCCCCUAGAAACACAUACCAGUCUGCUAUGGGUAAGCAGGCUAUGGGAGUUUACAUCACCAACUUCCAUGUUCGCAUGGACACAUUGGCCCAUGUUCUCUACUAUCCUCAAAAACCACUUGUAACUACACGGUCUAUGGAGUAUCUACGAUUUAGAGAGCUGCCAGCAGGCAUCAACUCAAUUGUGGCCAUUGCAUCAUACACUGGAUAUAAUCAGGAAGACUCUGUUAUCAUGAAUCGUUCAGCUGUAGACCGUGGCUUCUUCAGGUCUGUUUUCUAUCGCUCAUACAAAGAACAGGAGUCUAAAAAAGGAUUUGAUCAAGAAGAAGUUUUUGAGAAGCCUACACGUGAAACAUGCCAGGGCAUGAGGCAUGCCAUUUAUGACAAACUGGAUGAUGAUGGUUUGAUAGCUCCAGGGGUUCGUGUAUCAGGAGAUGAUGUUAUUAUAGGCAAAACAGUCACCUUGCCUGAAAAUGAAGAUGAAUUGGAGAGCACUAAUAGACGCUAUACCAAGAGAGACUGUAGCACUUUUCUCAGAACUAGCGAGACAGGCAUUGUGGAUCAGGUUAUGGUAACUCUCAACCAGGAAGGAUAUAAAUUUUGUAAAAUAAGGGUACGCUCUGUUAGGAUUCCACAGAUUGGAGACAAAUUUGCUAGUCGACAUGGCCAAAAGGGUACUUGUGGUAUUCAGUAUAGACAAGAGGAUAUGCCUUUCACCUGUGAAGGUAUCACCCCUGAUAUCAUCAUCAAUCCCCAUGCCAUCCCCUCUCGUAUGACUAUUGGUCACUUAAUUGAAUGCCUUCAAGGGAAGGUAUCGGCUAACAAGGGUGAAAUUGGUGAUGCCACUCCAUUUAAUGAUGCUGUUAACGUGCAGAAGAUUUCUAAUCUUUUAUCUGAUUAUGGCUAUCAUCUCAGAGGAAAUGAGGUCCUAUACAAUGGGUUCACUGGUCGAAAAAUCACAUCACAAAUAUUUAUUGGCCCCACUUAUUACCAGCGAUUGAAGCAUAUGGUGGAUGAUAAGAUUCACUCUCGUGCUAGGGGACCUAUUCAGAUCCUCAAUAGACAGCCCAUGGAGGGUAGAUCUCGUGACGGUGGCCUGCGUUUUGGAGAAAUGGAACGAGAUUGUCAGAUUGCCCACGGAGCAGCCCAGUUUUUAAGGGAAAGAUUGUUUGAGGCAUCAGAUCCAUAUCAGGUUCAUGUUUGCAAUCUUUGUGGAAUAAUGGCGAUUGCCAACACCAGGACCCAUACAUAUGAAUGCAGGGGCUGCCGCAAUAAAACCCAGAUUUCUUUGGUGCGAAUGCCUUAUGCAUGCAAACUAUUGUUUCAGGAACUUAUGUCUAUGAGUAUUGCACCGCGAAUGAUGAGUGUUUAGCUAUUUUAGAAGACUCAACAAGAUAAAAAUAUCUUGGUGUCUUGUUUCUGUUGUGUGGCUUUUAAAAAAUGAUAAAUAAUGUACUGUGUUGUGAUAAAAAAGUAGUUUAUUUGUUUAAUGAUAUGCAUGCUUUUCUUCUGUAAAUAUAUAAUAAAGUUUUGUAGAUAGUCUCGAUGUGUGAUCUUUAUUUUGUAUUUCUCUGUAUAAAACCAGUGAAUAUAACUAAAGUGUUAGUGGAUUGGAUUAAAAGAAACUUAUUAGGCAAGAACAGGUAAUGUAGUUAUCCAUGACUACUUUUAACCAUGCAGACUAAUGUAUUCUGGAGGUUUAUAGCUCAGCACCUUCACCUUUUUUCACUGGUAUUUCAUGUAAGGCAUCAACCACUGUAAUUUUUGCCGAUGCUGAAGCCUGUCCUUGGGAAUUGGAUGCAUGGCACUCAUAUUCUCCAGCAUCGUCCUUACUUAGAGGAGAUACCAGCACCCAGCCAGUUACUUCAUGCUUUUCUGGGCCACCCCGGGUCUGAAUGGCCAGGUUGUCCCGGUCACCAGGUAGGAGUUCUGUCCUUUGAACUCCAUAGUGACCCCUUUUUACCUUGUUCCAGAUGAGGACAGGUGUCGGGAUUCCGAUGACCUCACAGCUCAAGUACACCUGGGCACCAGUGACAUUCCAGAUGUCCUUGGGGGGCGUCACUAUGGAAGGACCUUGCUCGCAGGUGCCCUUGCUGACCUGGGUGAUGGCCUUCUCCCCGCGGCUCUCGGCCCUCUGGCUGGCGGCGCGCAGCUGGCAGCCGCUUGGGUAGGUGGUGCCAUCGCUGCCACACACCGGGUAGCGGCUCUUGCACACGCACACGCCGCUUACCCCCGGGCCGCCGGCUGCUGCCCCGGCUUUACCCUUCCGCCUCUUGCGGCUCUUCACGCACUCCAUGCCCGGCG